AGAAAAUGUAAUCGGCGAUAGUUAAGAAUAUCAAUAGUAAACAAACAAUUUAUAAACAAUCGCACAAAAUGUACGCUCCUGCCGGCGAAGAAUAUUUUUGUAAUUAUAAUAGUAGCAACAAUACUGAAAGUAUUUUACCAACAGUGGAACUGAUGGUAAACUUUCGUUCUGAGGGUGAACGUAUGAAGAAACCUUGCAUUAUGUGUGCUGAGAAAGUUGCUUUCAAGGGAUUACUUCAAUUGCGGUUAACGGAGAAAAGUGAUCAUCGUCGCAUGUACAUUACAACAGUGGACGGUUGCUCAUUUAAUGAACUGAAGCAAGAUCAGUCACUGCAUGUAACAUUUGCCGGUUUCAUAGAGAAUCUGGCAAGAAUGCUGCAGGAUUGUCGCGCGGGAAAACUUGAAUUAGCAUUGGUACAAAAACAGUCAAAUUCAGCAGAUGAUUCCAUCGAUUAUCAGUUGCAAUUUAUUGAAAUGCGUAGUUUUAAGAAUCUCAUCCAUUUAUGUCUACCAAGUCGCAUUGCCCCAUUAAAUAUUGUAUUAUUCUAUAUGAGCAGCAGAUAUGAUGUUAUACAGAAACGAAAUCAGUCACAAGAAAAUCAAAUACAGGCUCUGCAACAGGAAGUCGAUAUGCAUUUGCGCACUAUUGAUCAUUUAAAUGCAGAAAAUGGAAAACUUAGGGAGAACAUGGUAGAUAACUCAAGGAAUUUAAAUCAACGUCACUCUGAAGAGUUGAAACAUUUACAAGAGAGUUUACGUAAAGCAAACGAACAAAAACAUAUCGAAAAUGAGCGUAGCCAAAAUACAAUUGCGGCAUUACAAUUGCAAAUAGAUAAAUUGAUUGCUGACAAAAAUAGUAUACAAGCAGAAAAAAUUAAAGAGCAAAAACACAUUGAGUUGCUAAAGGAGGAAUUAACAAACGCUAAAUCGCAGAGCUCGACGCUAAAAGAACAAAUCGAGCGACUGCAUGUUGAAAUAUCUGCCUUAAAAAAUACCGAACGCAAAAACGAAAUGCACUUGGUAGAUGCACGCAAUCAUAUUUCGGAACUUCAAGAAAAAUUGAAAAAAUAUGACAAAGCCAAGGCCGAUGUCGUCGCUGAACUGGAGGCGGAGAAGAAAAUUUCACAAACAAAACGUAAAGCACUCGAAAUGGCUGCUGAAGAGAUAUCUAAAGCAAACGAAAUAAUUUUAAAACAAACGCAAGAGCUUAUAAAACUUAAAAAGACCAUUAGUUGGCGAACAGAGGUUGCGCUUCAACAAGAGAAAGCAAUUGGAGACAAGGACAAAGUACUGCAAUUGCGUGAAAAAGAACUAUCGCAGGCGCGUGCAACUAUCGAAACUCUGCGCGAAGAAAUACCUCAGCAACUGGACUCUAUGCGAAAAUUUGCCAACACGCUUGAACGAAAAUAUAGUGAACAAAUCAAUGCAUUGCGCGAGAAGUUAAGUUCAACUGGAAAAGAGAACAUUUCACAAAAUGUAUCCAUCACACCACUGAGCUCAAGUCGUCGCAAAUGAGCGACAGCUGUUUCAAUUUUUGCAAUUUAAAACCCACCGUAAUUUUGUACAAUUUCUGUUAUUUAAUGAAACUUUAUAUAAUAAAUAAAAAUGAUGUUUAACACUAA